GUACACUCUUGAUGAGCAGUUUCAAGCAGGGACUGCCCCUUUGGGAUUAGAAAGGCUGGUUGGGUUAAUGAUUGUUAGACUAUUCCGAUGCUGGUUUCCUUGUGCUUAUGCUUACUUCUCUCACGUUCAUGCACCAUGUUCCUAGCAACUGUUCUGUUUCUUCCCCUGCUUUACCCAGUUUUAGCACAGAAGUCGGAGCCCCUGAGCAGUCCAAAAUCAAAACCGCUGUUCCAAGGGGCAGACCGCUAUGACUUUGCUGUCCAGAUAUUCCCAGCAGGCACCGAAUGCUUCUGGCAUUUUGCACGUCGUGGUGGAUUCUUCUACUUUGGAUAUGAGGUUCAGUGGUCCGCUGGGAUUAUGCAGGAUAAACAUGUAACUGCCUCCGCUCACACACCUGAGGGAUUUUUGAUUGAGAGCUCUGAGAAUGUCCGAGGGCAAAUUAACUUCCAGACCCAGGAGACUGGCUAUUACCAGCUGUGUGUAAAUAAUUGGCAGAAUCACUUCAGUAGCGUUCAGGUGUACCUUAAUUUUGGUGUAUUUUAUGAUGGUGAAGGGCCGGAACAUUCGGAAGACCACAGGCAGAAGCUAAAUGACACCCUGACAACCAUUGAGGAGAGUGCUAUGAUUGUACAGAACAGAGUGCUGCACAUGUGGAGGUACUAUAACUUUGCCCGGAUGAGGAAAGGCUCAGAUUACUAUAUCUUGCUGUCCAACUAUCACUAUGUGAACUGGUGGUCUGCUGGUACCAGUCUGCUCAUUGUGGCCUCAGGAGUCCUGCAGCUCUUUUUUCUGAAGCGUCUCUUCAACUCGAAGCCAGCCACGGAGACACAGAAGCCACGAUGCUGAGAGGACACUUGGAGGACUUUGCGAUUGUAUGUUUUUCUUUAAAACAGCCCUGAUAUAAAACAUGGAUGGCUAUGUAAUGGGAGGACUUGAUCUGUUGCUUGGUGUCCAGUCUGAUGGUGCAAUCAGGCCCCCCGUAUGCAUAGUACAUAACAAAACUAUCCUAUACAUUAAAUAAUCUUUUCUAAAA